GCUUAAUUUCUCUUUAGUAUAUUUAUAUGGCAUUUAUAAUAAUGGACCAAUAAGAAGAGAUGGGCGUUGCUUCUGAUGUUACGUCAUACUGCUAGUUCAUUGGAAGGUGUAAACACAACAGUUUUUACUUAGUUUUCGGUUAGUACUUUUCUAUAUUGUUGGUUAAAUAUUUUUCUUUCUGCUGGUUCACCACUUUCUGUUUUUUUUUUUUUGUUUCUGAAUAGUAUUAAAAUCUCAUAAGUGAACGUAAAAAUGAGUGAAGAAGCCUCUUCAUCUGGAAUGGAGAAAUCUAAUUUGCAAGAUACCAAUGAAAGUUGUGACGAAGAAUUGACUGAAGAAGAGGAACUGGACUUGAAUAAUAUGGACAGUUAUUUUGAUGCAGAAAUUGGGGAUUUGGUAAAAUCCCAGUUUUGCAUUCUAAAAAAACUCGGCCAGGGCCAAUUUUCGAAUGUUUGGUUGUGUCGGGAUAUUUUAAAAUCUGAAUACAUUGCAAUGAAAGUUAUCAGAAGUAAAACAUUCUACAGGGAAUGUGGGCAUCAUGAAAUAGAUAUGUUUAAAAAGAUUCCUUCUACUGAUCCUUCAGAUCAAAGAUGUGAAAGAUUAAUGAAACUUUCAGAAAACUUUAUAGUACCAAGCAAAGUUGAAGGCGUUCACGUAUGCAUGGUUUUCCAAACAAUUGGUUAUGAUUUACGCUCAUUCAUCCAAGAAAGAUAUUCCGAAGGAGCUCCACUAUUUAAAGUCAAGAGCAUAAUUCGACAAAUUCUGGAAGGGGUUGAUUAUUUGCACUCAAAAUGUGGAAUUAUACAUACUGAUCUCAAACCAGAAAAUAUAUUAAUUUGUCUUGGUGAUGAUGAUAUUAGAAUGAUAGUGGAUUUCGCCAAUAUGCAAGAAAUAAGGCCUGAAAGUGGAGAGGAUCAAAUUAAUAAAAAUGCUGAGAGUUCUUUUGGUAAAAUUCAAGAAACUGGCAAUGAAAAUGCAUCUGGGUCUGGUGCUGUUUCUGGGGAUAUCCAAACAAAAAAAUUCAAAUCACGUUCACCUGUAGAUUGUACUCCUAGACUAAAUAUAUUUUCAAGAGGAGACAUAAAGAUCAAAAUUACUGAUUUUGGUACUAGUUGUACAAGGUCAGAUAUACUUUCAUCUCCAAUUCCAACUAGCCCUUAUACAUCACUAGAAAUUUUAAUAGCUGCAGACUAUGGGCCUCCUGCUGAUAUAUGGAGCAUAGCUUGUAUAGCAUAUGAGCUAGCUACUGGAGAUGUUUUAUUUUAUCCACCUUCUUUCGACGGUGUUUCAAAACAUGAAAUUCAUAUUGGUCUCAUGAUACAACUACUUGGAAAUAUACCCAGAACAAUUCAAGAUGCAGGAUUGCUGUCACCUAAAUAUUUAUCAGAAUCAGGAGACUUAAUAAAUGUUGAUACAUCAGAGCGAUGCUCCUUAGAUCAAAGACUCGCCCUACUAAAAAAAUGGAAUAUUAUGCUAGCAUUUCCGUUUGCAGAUUUUUUGUUAAGUAUGCUGAAGUAUGAUCCUACGAGAAGGCCUACUGCUUCUGAAUGCCUUCAAGAUCCUUGGUUAAAAUUAUAAUUGUUAUAACAAUGGUUCUAUAAUUUGCAACUUAUGAAUUGCAAUAUAUAAUUAUUAUUAUUAAUUUGGCCUCUUCUACUGUGAAAGGUUCCUGGUUGUAGAGCCUGAUCAUAGAGUCUCGAUCCUGUACAAGUUUAUUGCGCCUGGUACAUAUAUAUAUAAUAUAAUUUGAUGGAUUUAUGAUUUUUUUGUAACAACAUUUCUGUGAAAUUUUUAUCAUUUACUUUGAACUUUAAGUUUUCAG